AUGCGGACCGCCAAGGCGAGACAAGAGCUUAGUUGGACACUUGACUCUCCCUUUCCCAUUUCCCUCCCACCCCACGUCAUUCACCACCUUCUCUCCCUCUACACCAGGAAGGAUCCAAUUACCGCCGUCAUGUCGCAAAGUCAUGCUCUUUCAGAUGAUCAGGUGAGAAUGUCCGAUUUUGGUGGUGUCGCGGGCGAGCUCCGCAAGAUGACCGCGUUCAUCCGCCAGGAAGCUCUGGAGAAGGCCCGGGAAAUUCAGUUGAAGGCCGACGAGGAAUUCGCUAUCGAGAAGUCCAAGCUGGUCCGCCAGGAGACCGCCGCCAUCGACACCCUCUACGAGAAGAAGUUCAAGCAGGCUGCUAUGUCGCAGCAGAUCACCAAGUCCACCCUCGCCAACCGCACUCGUCUCCGUGUGCUUGGCGGUCGUCAGGAGCUUCUGGAUGAGCUCUUUGAGAAGUCCCGCAACAAGGUGGCUACCGUUGCUUCCAACGACAAGAAGAAGUACCAGGCCAUGCUGCAGGGGUUGGUCCUCGAGGGCUUGUACUAUCUGAAUGAGGAUAAGGUGUCUAUUCGCACACGGAAGAAGGACUACGAUGCUGCGAAGAAAGCUAUUGAGGGGGCUGCCAAGGAGUUCAAGGAGAAUGUCGGCAACGAGGUCGAUGUGAGCUUGGACGAGUCCGACCCGCUGCCUGAGGGAUCUGCUGGUGGUGUCGUCAUUAUCGGCGGACAGGGCAAGAUCGAGAUCAACAACACCUUCGAGGAGCGUUUGCGGCUGCUGGAGAUUGAUGCUCUCCCCGCCGUCCGAGAGACACUGUUUGGAAAGAACGUGAACCGACGAUUCUUCGACUAGAAGGCAUUUACUUGUUCUUUAGGUCCCUUGCGAAGGAUGUGUUUUCUUUCAUGUUUUAUAGUUAUCGGGCUCCUCCUGGUCCCUGGUCUUGGACAUCUCUAUAGAGAGGGGGGUUUAGUUUCUCUUUUCUUUUCUUUAUCUUGCACACAUAUCGGGCCUGGAAUAUGGUCAAUCUCCCCUGAGCGUUCGUCUGAUUCAUCUAUGAUUGCAGAAAAUUUCGGUAGUCAAUGCAUGCAAAUAAAACAUAUAUGCCUCGCUCUAUCAAUGAGUAUCAUGGUCGUGGUAAUCAUUAUGGGUAUCCAAUAUUAAAUCAAACAGGUAAG